AUGGCCAUUAGUCAAUAUCUAAAACAAAAAAUAUAUGAAUAUAAUGAAAAUAACUCUAACAAAACACAAGAAGAUAUUGCAAACCAUUUUAAUUCUCAAAUUUCUAACUUAAAUUUGGACUGGACUACAAUUUCUAAAAUUUUGAAAAAUAAAUCCAAAUGGUUAGCUAUUACAAAAAGUCAAUUAAGUUUAAUACAAGUUACUAAUGGAGAAAUUAUCCUAACAGAAUUAAUGAUUAAAGAAAAAGCAACUUACUUUGCAAAAGUAUUAAAUCUGGGCAAUGAUGCUUUAAAAUUCUCAAAUGGGUAG